CUCUCCAACCUGUCCUUUGCUGAAAUCUGCUUCACCUCCACAACCCUCCCAAAGAUGCUGGUGAACAUCCAGACACAGAGCAAGGUCAUCACCUAUGCAGGCUGCAUCACCCAGGUGUUUUUUACAGUUUUCCUAGUGUUGGAUGACUUCCUCCUGAGUGUGAUGGCCUAUGACCGGUAUGUGGCCAUCUGUCACCCCCUGCACUACACGGUCAUCAUGAACCCCUGGCUCUGUGGAAAGCUGGUUCUGGCAUCCUGGAUCAUGAGUGUCCUGUAUUCCUUGUUUCAAAUCUUAAUGGUGUUAUAGUUGUCCUUCUUUGUACAUGUGGAAAUCCCCCACUUUUUCUGUGAACUUAAUCAGAUGGUCCACCUUGCCUGCUCUGACACUUUUCUUAAUAACAUGGUGACCUAUUUUGCGUCUGUGCUGCUGGGUGGUGGUCCCGUCACUGGGAUCCUUUAUUCUAAGAUACUUUUCUCCAUUUGUGCAAUCUCAUUAGAUCAAGGGUGGUACAAAGCUUUUUCCACAUGUGCCUCUCGCCUCUCAGUUGUCUCCUUAUUUUAUUGUCUGAGUCUAGGAGUGGACCUUAGUGCUGGUGUUAUCCACUGCUCACUCUCAAAUGCAGCAGCUUCAGAGAUGUACACUGUGGUCUCCCCCAUGCUGAACCAUUUACUCUAUAGUCUAAUGAAUAAAGACAUAAAGAGGACUCUGAAAAUAGUCUUGGGAGGGAAAUUUUGUGGAAGAAAGAUAAAGUCAUCACACUUUCAUCUUGGUCUCUCGAGAGAAGUAAAUCAGGAAAAUGUUAUUCUUUCCAGACCAGUGUCCACAAGGGAAAUCAGAGCUUCAGUCUCCAUCAUCAACAACCCAAGGAGAAAUUCACUCUUCCACAAGAAGACUGUCAUCUCUGAGAGCCCACACAGACUUAGCAAUACAGGCAUCAUUGUGGACAAUUUAGUGAUGGGAAUAGACAUCCAAUUGGAUGAGGAUGAAGAUGGAAUGGGAGAAAUAAAUUAUUUCAGUCAAAUUAGAAAAUGUCCACAGAAAUGUGCAGUUCAUGAAGUAGAGAAAAUAAAAUAA